UUAAUGGGUUUCAGAUUUACGGCGAGUCCCCAGAUCGUCUCUCCCGACGAGAGGAUCCUCUUCGUCGCCGUCGAUCGGUUUGGCUUGGUAAAUUAGAUUAAUCUCGCUAUGUCGAAUUGGAGACAUAAAGUGUGGAGAAAUUUGAGCUCAUUUCAAGGAUCUUGUUACUCAACUACACCUUCAAGAACCAACAAACUAAAGCUUGAUGACCUUAGAAAAAUCCGGCCAAUGAUUCUAAGGAGAAUCGAAAAUCGAGCAAAAGAUUACCCGGUUAAAGAGAUUGUUCCUGUAGCUGAAGAAAUCCUUAUAGCUAGAAAGAAUCUACUCAGUAAUGUCACUGCGCUUCUUAAAGUGUUUCCUGUCUUGACAUGCAAAUUCUGCUCAGAAGUUUUUGUUGGUAAAGAAGGACACUUGAUUGAGACAUGUCGUAGUUAUAUACGUCGUGGUAACAAUAGGCUACACGAAUGGGUUCCAGGUUCCAUAAACGAUAUACUUGUGCCCGUCGAAUCUUAUCACUUACACAACAUUUCUCAAGGUGUUAUCAGACACCAACAGAGGUUUGAUUAUGAUCGUGUUCCCGCAAUCUUGGAACUAUGUUGUCAAGCAGGAGCCAUCCAUCCCGAAGAAAUCCUGCAAUAUUCGAAAAUUCAUGAUAACCCGCAAAUUUCUGAUGAAGAUAUCAGGAGUUUACCCGCUGGAGAUCUCAAAUAUGUUGGGACAAACGCUCAAAUGGCGUGGGAGAAAGUGAGAGCUGGUGUAAAGAAACUAUUGCUUGUUUAUCCUUCAAAAGUUUGCAAACGGUGCAAGGAGGUUCACGUGGGUCCGAGUGGUCAUAAAGCUCGGCUAUGUGGUGUGUUCAAAUACGAGAGUUGGCGCGGCACUCAUUACUGGGAAAAAGCCGGUGUGAACGAUUUGGUACCCGAGAAAGUGGUGUGGCACCGGAGGCCUCAGGACCCAGUGGUUCUUGUUGACGAAGGGCGGAGUUAUUAUGGACAUGCCCCUGCUAUUGUGAGCCUUUGUAGCCAUGCCGGUGCCAUUGUUCCUGUAAAAUACGCUUGCAAGAUGAAGCCCCAAGGUUUAUCUUUUUCUUUCACUAAUUCAGUUCCAAAUCUCGAAACAUAGAGAGUAGCUAUAACCACUGGUUUUUGUCCGGUUAUGUGAUUGGUUUGGUCUUUGGCAUUACUGUUUAUUUUAGAACCAGACCAAGAGAAACUAAAUCGAGGCUUUGUAGUCUUUAUGUCUAUUGGUAUUCUCUGUACUAAAACUCCAACCACAUGAUGUCUGUCUCUUUUGGCGUUUUGGGAAUGAAUUUCACAUGAAAUUAA